AUGUUAAGGAGCAGUUGGGAUAUUCCAUUCCAAUUAAAUCGGAAAUAUGGUCUAACCGCAAUGAGUUCGGAUCUUGUUUUCCCUAUGGAAAUUAAACCUCCAAGUGAUGGUGAACUUUAUUCGACUCCAGCACAAACAUUCUUUGACGACCAACAAUUCCCCGAUACAACUCUCUACAUGCAACUCAAUUUCCAACCCAAUCUAACCCUCGACGAGUUCUACUUCCUUACCAUUAGAGAUCCUGACGGUGUUCUUCGAUUUUCUAUAUCUAUGUACAAGAAGUCAAACUGGGUCACUAAACCAAUUAUUAUCAUAAAGCGUGGCAUAAAGAACAACUGCAACAUCGUUUGGGACGAAGGUACCAGAGAUAAUCCUGAACAAAGCUUCAUUGCCACCUCAACGUAUCGAAUUCAAAUGCGAUACAAUCCGUUAGAUUCAACUGAGGGAGAACAAACGAUAGAAUUUCCAUACGCGCAAUCUCAAUCGUACUGGAGACUCGGUAUUUGGAUAAGGGAAAACUCGUUUCCAAUAGUCUCCAAUAGUAUUAGUGAAAACUUUCGUGAAAUGCGUCAUUAA